UUCAAAUUCCGCAAUCGCGCUGGCUCUUACUAACGAGUCGUAAUAUUGAGACAUCCGAUGAGUUUCAAAACUAGACGGUUGAAAGUAAAAACCGGCCAACAUCUCGUGAAAACUGUGCGAUAAGAAGAAGGAAGAAGAAGGGAGCGCGCAGCUGGUGGUGGAGCGUUAGCAUUUUCUCUUCUCACACUGUCAACACACAACUUCCCUCUCCUCUUUCCUUCACCAUUUUCACAUUCCCUCAUUCAAUUCCGUCCAUAUAUAGAACUAAAGAACUCCUCUCUCUCUCUCCAUUCCCAUUUAGAUUUCCGUAAAAUCCAAACUGUUUCUUCCAAAUCGAUACCAUCAAAUCGGCGAGUUAAUUGGGUUAUAGGUAAAAAAGAUCACAUCUUUUUUUUUACGAUGCGUUUCCACCAAGCCGCGGCGGCAGUCUGGGACGACGGCGGCGGCGGCGCCACACCGCCGCCGAAGCUCUCCCUGUUCUCUUUACCCGCCGGAGUGAAGGGCGCCCGCCACUACUCUCCCGCCGGCCCGCCGCCGCCCACGCCGCCGAUCAACCGCCUCGCCUCCGUGCCGUUCAAGUGGGAGGAGGCUCCCGGCAGGCCCAGGCCUCCCCGCCGCCGCCUCGACCACGUCGAGCCCGGCGCGGAAACGCGGUGCUUGGAGCUGCCUCCGCGGCUGGUUGCGAGCGGCAGCAGCAGCGGGAGAGUGUCGAACAUGCCGUCUCCGCCGGCGGAAGAGGCGGAGGGCCCGGCGCCGAAGCGGUCGAUGUCGUUUACGAGCGGCCGGGCCGGGGUCGGGUCCGGGUCGGGCAGGUGGGGGAAUCUGGUGACGAAGAUGACGUCAUCGUCGGCGGCGAGGAACAGGAAAGGUCAACUAGUGGCCAACUUUGACUCCACGGAGAUAAUAAUCAGCAGUAGUUGCGUGGACGAUGAUGAUGACGACGACGACGAUCAACGGAAUGUGAAGAUCUCGAGGAUCAGGAGGCGGCGGAGCUUGUUCAACUUGUCGGCGGCAAGCCGGCCACAGGCAUGCUUGAACAGCAUUUACAGGAGCUUUAAGAAGAUGGUGAUGGUUCCAACCAGAAGGAGCUAGUGGCUAGCUGGCUGUGGCUGGGGAGUGAAGUCGUCGGCGGCCUCGCUCGUCGUCGACGGGUGGAGUGGAAGAGAGUAUUAAUGGAGUUGUUGGGUUAACAGUCAAUAAAUAAUUGCAAUUAUAAAUAUGAUGAUGAUGACAUAUAUACAUGUGACUGUCGUCGUACGUAUGGAAAUUGGAAACCAUAUGUUUUUGUGUAAUAUAGCCGAUAAUGUUGAAGUAUGGUGGAAGAAUUAAUAUGGAGUUAGUAGCUAGGUAGGGUAUGUCUAGCAUUUAGGGGUGUCUCGGAAGAUCGAUUAUCCAACCCCCAGUGGUAAUUUACGUAUAGACAAAAAUAUAUAUAACUGGUAGUCUGGGACACUCUAAAAUUUGAAAACGAUUAUACUACUCUCGUUUGUAGUUUGCGUAUGAGAAUAUAAGUGGUAGUUUGGGUAAUUCAAACCCGGGACACUACUAUUACUAAUAAAAUAUAAUUUCCAUCAGGCUACAACUUUAUUUUUCAUUAGCAAAACCAUAUUCUCUAUCUUUAAUUAUUUUCCAAAACCUAACAAUUAAUCUAAUUACAAGCUAUCCUUUAAUUUGUAUUGAUUUUAUGGUUGUACGACAAGUGUUGAAAUGUGUUUUUUCGACUUUGAGUGACAUCAUGAACAAAUUUAGAAGUCAAAUAUGCGUUAGUUCGUGAAUGAUUGUCUAGUAGGAUAUACCAAGACAAAUUUGUUGACCAGUGUAGACACCAAGUAUUUUUUAUAAUUUUUUAGAAUAUGAAAAUACAUCAUUGACUUUUUUUUUAAAACUUGUAGGAGUUGGGUAUUUUCUUAUUAUAGAAUAAUAUAAUUUUUAUUAAAUUAUCUUACAAAAUAUUAAAACAGUUUGGAAAAAGCCGGUUGCCACGUAAGCCUCGGAGCAUUGCCCGCAAGUUUCGGAACUAUUAGUUUUUCCCCUUAUUUUGUUUUUGUUAUGAAAAUAUUAUUAUCAUUAUGGAUGACCAACAUUAGAUGCUCCAUGGUAUGUUACAAAUUCUAUGUAACUCAUCUCCUUAUAUUUAUUUCUUCAUAUGACACAUUAGAUGCACAAUUGGUUGUUACAUGUAACCCCCCACCCCAUUUCUAUUUCACAUUCAUUCUCACAUUCAUGUAUAUUGAUUGUAAGAAUGUAGAGGUUAUGUGAUGUGUGCCUAUAAAGAGAUGAUCUCCUUGUACUAAGGAAUACAUGAAUAAGAAGAACUAUUCCCCUCACUUCUUUUGUGUCUUUCCUCCUGCAAUCCUCUCUUGUAGUUGCUUACAUUUCCAUUAGUUUUAUAACACGUUAUCAGCACGAAGCUCUGCCAAAAUUAUCAUUGCUCAAGCCUCAAAGACUCUCGACAUAAUGUAAAAUAUUGGAGUAAGAUCACAAUAUGAUCAAGGUAUGUAAAUCUUGGAUCCUUUCUUAUCUUAUUGUCUUAUUUAUGUUGAGAUUAUCUUAUUCCAAUAUAUCAAGAUGGGUGAUACUUCUCAUAUCCAUUGAUAUUUUAUCGCGUCGAUCUAUUUGGAUUAACAAGAAAAGUAAUAUAAGUGAUGAGUUAAUUUCUCCGUUCUCUGUGUUAUCCUAUUCUUAUCAAUCAUACAUUGAUAUGUAGAAAAUGCAAGUUCCAAGAGCCCAUAUAUUCCCCAGAAGUGGAAAUUGAAGAAUUCAAGGGCAAAGAAAGAAAAGGACAUGGUAAUAAGAAUAUUGGUUCUGUAUGUUACCAUUAUAAUGGAAAAGUGUAUUGGACUUGUGAUGAUGAGAAAUAUUAUAUAAUUUGAUCCAAAGGCUGUUGUUUCAUUCCUGGAAGCGAAUGAAAACAAACCAUUCUUAAAAGUGAAUGGAUCGAGACACACCAUUAUAUUAAUAUAAUUUGGUGUUUGGAUAAUGACAAUCAGCAAAUGUAUCUUUCACCGGAAGUGAAAGAUAACAUAAUUAUAAAUGAGGAUGACAAUUCAUGUAGCAAAAGUCAUGAUCAUAUACUGUAACCUUCGUAUGCCGAAAUGUGUUAUGAAACACAUAUAUGUUGUUGUUGUUGUUGUUAUUUUGUAUGCUUUUGUAUAGAAUGAAUAUUUGCAAAAGUCAAUACUGGUAUUAUAUCAUGAAGUAAGCAAAAUCUCCGGAAGAGAUUGUGUUUUGUUACUUGAAGUAACUAAACAAUAUAUUGGUGAUAUCUAUAGUAUGAAAAUAUUAUUAUCACUAUGUAUAUGCGCUUACAAUAGUUCACCGAAUCAGAAGGUGCCUCAUGGCCAAAAUGUAGUACACGUGUAUGUGAAGGCUCCAGAAGAGCUAAUGUUUUGAGACGUGAAUGAACUAAACUGUCAGUUGAAGAUGCAUUACCGAAUUAUGAAGAUAUUCGCAGAAAAGAAUAUCAUAAUUGAUAUUGCAUCAGAAAUGUGUUAUAAGAGAACAUAUACUUAACUAGAGAAAUUUGUACUACAUGUAUAUUAGUACAUAUGAAAGUGUAAACCAGAAGUUUGCAAGAUCGGCUAACUUUUUAUUUUGGCAUGUCCGGUCAUACCAUCCCGGAUACAUAUGCGAAAAUGAUUGAGAUAUCGUACGAAAUUAAGUGAGAGUUCAUAGAAUUCAUCAAUCAAAGGAUUGAUUAUGUGAUACAUGGUCUCGAGGAGAAUAUAAUCGUGAAAAUAAUUGAUUCUGUUGAGAUUUUAUAAAAGUGUAUGCAGAAAAAUACACUCACCGUGCAAAUCAUAUAUGAAUUUUAUGAUUUUGAUUGAUUCAUAAACUAUAUCGUCAUAUAUGUCUGUUAUCUAAACGCAACCUGAUGUUUGCUAGAUUAGUUGCCGAAUGAUGGAUAUAUUUUGAUGAUUAUCCAAUCAAACAGAACUUCUCUUAUGAGAAGAAACUAAGUCUAUCGAUCUCUUAUCGAGCCAUAUGAUAUCAUUAAUUCGCAUGAAGCCAACAAGUUAUCAUAAGUUCCCCCCUUUCAUAUAAAUGGUUUUGGUCAGGGACCAAACAUUUAAAAUGCUAGAAAAUUUGGGUGUGCAGAAUACAUCCCAAUUGCUCCACCACAACACGUUAUGAGUUCCAUCAGAACUUAUAUUGGACAUGGUGUCCAUUGCAAUGAGAGAUUUUUUCAUGACUCUUUUUGCUAACAUCAUCAUUUUGAUGAGUUCCUUUUCGAACGUUAAGGGGGAGAAAAGUAAACAGUUGGGCAUAGAUAUGAGUUGGAAUCAUCAUUAUCGCAUUUUGAUCCUCAAACCAAGAAACAUGAACCCGAAGUUCAUAUGGUGAUUCAUGGAAAAAAAAAACGUAUUGAUUGCCAAACGCCUUUUUACUCACUAAAAGGAGUGAUUAUGUCACAUGCCCAGUUGUGAAUGCUCCAAUACAAAUUGAUGUCCAUA